AGUUUUGAAACUUUCCCAAAUCUUUUUUAGAAGUUUAACUUACAGGCGCACUGGCACUCAGUUCGCUUCGCUUAAUGUUGAUUAUUUCAGCUUUUCAGUGUCGUGGUGCGCAUUUACACAUUGCUUAAACUCGGUGAAGAAAGGAUGCAGACGUGCGUUUAUUACUGAGGGACAUAUUGGGGGACAACUACAAGCAUUUGAGACUUUUUCUAUUACCAAAUCAGUAUUAUAACUUGGUUUACACUGUUUUGAACCAUCAAUGAUGCAGGCACGCUACGCAGUGUCAGACCCCAACACUUUGGGCGUCGUUCCUUACCUGAGUGACCAGAACUACUACAGGACAGCGGGCAGCUAUGGCAGCAUGCCCACCCCGAUGAGCGUAUAUUCGGGCCACGACCAGUACACUGCUGGCAUGGCCAGAUCAUAUGGACCUUACCACCAUCAACAGACAGCACCCAAGGACUUGGUAAAACCUCCUUACAGCUACAUCGCGCUGAUCACCAUGGCAAUCCAAAAUGCGCCUGAUAAGAAAAUUACCCUCAAUGGAAUUUAUCAGUUUAUCAUGGAUCGCUUCCCUUUCUACCGUGAAAAUAAACAAGGCUGGCAGAACAGCAUACGUCACAACUUGUCUCUAAAUGAGUGCUUUGUGAAAGUACCCCGGGAUGAUAAAAAGCCUGGCAAGGGCAGCUACUGGAGUUUGGACCCGGACUCCUAUAACAUGUUCGAAAACGGCAGCUUUCUCCGAAGACGGAGGCGAUUCAAGAAGAAGGAUUCGGGUCGGGAGAAGGAGGACAGGGCCGGUCAAAUUAAAGAGCAAACGAAAAUCCAGAGCCCAGGGUCCAAAUGCGACGGCACGCCGAAAGAAAUGCUUUCAGAAAAGAAGGUCGUGAUCAAAAGUGAGGCAUCAUCUCCAGAUAUACCUGUCAUCACCAAAGUGGAAAAUAUGAGCCCGGACAGCGGUAGCGUCAUGCAAGACAGCCCGAGGAGCAUGGCAUCAACCCCGUCAGUGUCCACCGAGAGCUCCAUCCCCGACCACCACACUUCAAACAACGGCCUUUCGGGGUUCAGCGUGGAGAACAUCAUGACCUUAAGAACUUCCCCUCAAGGAGACCUGAGCCCUGUGUCUGCGCCGCCAAGCAGGCCAGGCAUGGUGCCCUCUCUUUCGCUUAGCUACCCUCAAUCACAAUCUUCUAUUUACAGCCAGGCUUGCAGCCAGGGCAUGGACUCUAACGCUAGCUACCAGUGCAGCAUGCGGGCAAUGAGCUUAUAUGCAGGGGACAGGACUGGACCCAUGUGCGUCCCUACCACUCUGGAAGAAGCGAUCUCAGAUCACCACAGUGGCACAACGUCCCCGCUAAACUCUAUGAACCUCGCGGCAAGCCAAGACAGCGUCCUUGCCUCCAGUCAUCACCAACAGACUGGUGGCACCGGACAGACAGCUUCUUGGUAUCUUAAUCACGGAGCAGAUCUGAAUCAUCUUUCGGGACAUAGCUUUAGCAGCCAGCAGCAGAAUUUCCCCAAUGUUCGCGAUAUGUUCAGCUCGCACCGACUCGGCAUUGAGAGUUCAGCCCUCAGCGAGCACCAGGUGAGCGGCAACACAAGCUGUCAGAUCCCAUAUAGAUCGACCUCUUCCAUUUACCGCCAUACGAGUCCGUAUGCAUAUGACUGCACUAAAUAUUGAUAAAAGACACCUCUUUUAAAGGGAAUCUUAAAAACUGUAAACCGUGAACUAAAGAUGCACAUAUGAAAUAUGCAAACUGCCAGCGAGUGGACACCAGUAAGGCCAAAGUUUAGGUGUAGAAAAUGUAAAUACUUUAUUUUAUGUUUGUGCACAACCUGUGCUUGGUGUUUAAUACAAGGGAAAACUACUUGAAAUAAACAAAAACGUUUAUUAUGCAGAAAGGCAAAUCUGUGCCAAAAGGUCUUAGAAGUGAGUUUUGGACCAAUAUUGUACAGUGCAAGGUUGUAUUUUUUUUUCAAAAUUCUCUGUUGUUUUUUCUUUCUUUUUUCAAAUCCUGUUUUGCUAUGAAACUUUAAAAGGGCCUAGUAAUAGAGUCAUUAGUAUUAUAUUUAAAAUUGAGUUCACUGGAUUAUUUUGAUAAACUGUUACCCAAACUCAUUAAGUGCCAAAGUUGUUAUCCAAACGAUUUCUUUAAGUCUGUUGUUAUCAGUAUUUGUGGUUUUGUGAACCAAACUUAUUUAUUUGAAAAAAAAAACUUUUCUUCAUCUAAAACAAAUCCUUUCCUUUUUUUUUUUUUUACAAUAUGUGAUGUUAUCUUUUUUUAGGGGGGUGCUUUGCGUCUCACUAUCUGUACUGUUUCUUUGCUUUGACUCGUUUGUUGAAUUAGUCUCUGACAUAUGUUGUACUUACGUUGAAAAUAAAUAUUUUUCUUUUGCUUAAA